AUGAUGCCACUUGGGAAGAGAGCCAAAACAGAGAGCGGAGAGGUUGUAGAGGAGAAGGAGCCUGGGCUACCUUGGGUGGAGAAGUAUCGACCAGAUCGGAUCGAAGAUGUCGCCCAGCAGGAAGAGGUUGUGGCAGCGCUGAAGCACAGUCUUCAGACAGGUGAGUUGCCAAAUCUCAUGUUUUAUGGCCCACCUGGAACUGGAAAGACAACUGUGGCUCUAGCUUUGAUGAAACAAUUUUUUGGACGCGAAUGGCGAUCAAGAGUCAAGGAGUUGAAUGCAUCAGAUGAGCGUGGUAUUUCUGCAGUGCGCGAGAAGGUAAAGACCUUCGCGCAGCUGUCAAUAGGUGGAGAAUCAGCAGCUCGCUUUCGAGUUAUCAUUCUCGAUGAGGCUGACUCCAUGACGCAUGAUGCACAAGCGGCUUUGCGACGGAUCAUGGAGGAGUUUGUUCAAGUGACGCGAUUCAUCAUUAUUUGCAACUAUGUGUCCAAGAUCAUUGAGCCGCUCCACUCCAGAUGUUCCAAGUUUCGCUUUCAACCCGUAGGUCCUGAAUUUCAGAAGAGUCGCUUGCUCCACAUUUGCAACGAGGAGAAGGUGGCGAUUAGCCCCGAAGCGCUCGACAAACUCAUUGUUUUGUCCAAGGGCGACAUGCGCUGUGCAGUGACUAUGCUGCAGACGGCUGUGAGCUUCUAUACCCAGGUCAACGAACACUCUAUCGUAGAGGUAGCUGGAGCAGUGCCGGAGUCGAGAACCAUGGCAUUGCUGCGCGAAGCACGAAGUGCCCAGUCGACAGACCAGGUCUUGCAAGCCGUCAGAGACUUUCUCCUCGAUGGCUAUUCCGGACUUCAGGUCAUGGAGCAGCUUCUGGAGCUCAUUGCUGAGGACAGCGAAUUGUCAGAUCCCGUGAAAGCACAGUGCUCGAUGCUCUUCUCAAAGGCGGAUGAACGGCUUUGCCAGGGAUGUGAUGAGGAGCUUCAGCUGUUCGAUCUCUUUGCACAUUUGAGACCGUUGAUCCAGGUGAAGGCUUGGAGUGGGAUGACUUGUGUUUCUGUAACUCGUCCUUUACAGCAACAGAAAGUCGGUACAUAUCGCUGCGGACGCUCUGGCGCAGCGCAAAACAUGGCGCUGGGUUUGGCGCGAAUUCUUCGCAGCGAUGACCUCGAGCUGGCAGAAGGUGCCGAGGCCUACGAAAGAGUUGCCCCUGAACCUGAGGGUCUCGGUCAGAAACCCAGGGGCCUCACCAAGGAGUGCAAGGAAGCACCGGAAGUGCAGGGGAUUUCGAUUCCAAAGCAAAGGUGGUUGCGCUGUGAUCGACUGCUGCAUACUUUGCUUGCGUGCUUGCUAAUAUUGUCACCAUGGAUACGAAGACAGGGCUUGAAGGAAGAAAGGUUUCUUCCAGCGAGUGACGUUUCUGUAGAAGUAUCGAAUUGUCAGGUCAUUGUCAGAGAUGGGACUCAACCAGGCAUCCAACUCCAGCAUUGGUUCUUCAUGGGGACAGUCAAAGAGCGACGCUCGAACGGGACUUUGCGUGUAGUGGCCACCAUGAGACCUGAUUUGUCAUCCUGGUUUCGUUGCAACAUCGCUGUUGUGGCGCCAUCAAUCUCUUCCAAACAUACAGGUUCCAUGAAGGCGCUCAAGGCGCUGAAUGUGACGGUACCCAACAGUGACAGACCAGCUGCCGUGCUGCUCAGCGGUGGAGUUGUGCAUGGACACAUCGCGAUCUAUGGCAAGUCGGCUGCUGUUGUGAAUGCCACCGGCACCAAAGCCUUGGAUGAGAUCACCAUUCAAAGCAGGGAGCAAGGUUUGGUCCAGCUGUACUUCGGUCAGAGCUCCGCCUCGCGCUGGAAGAUUCGAGGAACGAGCCCAGUCUUCGUCGAUAGCAGCGUUCCAGUGCAGCUGAAAGCGACGGGAGCGACGGGAAUCGGGCGCUUGCGGGCACCAAAGAUCAGGGAGGAUGGUAGAAUUUACUUGUGCAGCGAGACGGCGAGGGCCACGGCUGUUGCAACUUCACACAGCCCUACCACUGUUAGCCGCAGGUUGGAGCCUGGCACUUUCAACUGCUCGGCUGCGCAAAUUAUCAUCUUUGAGAAAUCUGGCGACUCCAUCAUUCAUGUGGAUUUGCCUUGUGAGACAUGCCAGGUGAAAGUGGGCGAAUCCAACAUUCGCCUGACAGCAAGUUCCAAGGAGGCUCUUGAUGAAGUGUCAGAGUUCAUCCAGACACGGCAAAAUCUGCCUUGGCUGAUUGCGAUUCGAAUUGGUGGAUUGGAUCAGUCUUGGGUCCUUUCCAGCACCACAGCUUUCACCUACUUUGACGCAUCUUGGUUUGCGGGCCUUUCAUUUGGUGUAUUGGCUCCGGUGACGAAACAUUAUUUGCUGACUUUGGAGGGCGAUCCGUCGGUAGAAAAGGAUAUUGAUGAUGUCCUCAAUGGAAGCAAAUCUUUAGUUAUUGCGGAUGAGUUAGAUGAAGCCUGCCCUUCCUGGAGACAGACCGCAGAUGUGACCAGGCUUCUUGUGGAAGGCUUGCACUUGGAAAAGGGCCGUAGCUUGCUGGCCAAGGGUCCGAAGUGCAGAUCUGGACUCGUAUUUCAGAAGUCCAAGACAGGUUUUACAUUGGACUGGAAUCCGGAAGGCUACCCCAUGAGCAUACUGAUAGCGAUCCUGAUGAAUGGGUGCUGUGCAAUCGCUUUGUCUCUUAUUGUGGUGUCAACUACCAGAAAUAUUGUUUUCCUUUUCUUGUACAAACGACUCUCAGAAAGGCAUGCUGCGACGCAUGCAUCUCAAAGAUUGCAGGUUGGCUUGGUGGAAGAGACCGAUAUCAAUGUGAAAUUUUCACACUAUCCAGAGCGUGGGUUUCACUUGGUGUGGUCCAAGGAGAAGGGUGGCGGAGCUUCAAGCUACGUCAUCAGGCUGAGGUCCUCACAAUCCGAAAUACGUUUGCGCGUGAACGCUGGCGAAGUUGAAACCUCUGCGUCAAGCACCGUGAGUUUCUUUUUGAGCCUUUACCGGGCAGAUCUUCGCUACGCCAAAGACAUUUUCUCCAUCAGCGUGACCACCAUCUCCAGCUCACAAGAAGUGGGCCAUACUUGCUGGUCCAGCCCUGUCAGAAUUGAGCCUCUCUGGGCAACAGCCUACUUACCCUUUAAAGUCCUCGAAGCCUUGUUGCCCAAACGGCAGGACAAAGUCAGCAUGUCUACAUUUCUUCGUACCGCUUGCAGCCAGUUCACACCACCCGCUUUGACCUUAGUCUUGGAGAAACUUCAUGUGAUUUGUGAGGAGGGGAGAGUGGCAGAAGAUUUCCGCAUCGAAUUCUUCUUUGGAAAUUCACUGGAGACGUCACGACAGGCCACAGAGAGCAGGAAGGAGGAAUCUUUUGCCAAAACAAACACCAUUGCCAUUUCCGACUGGUUCUCCAGGAAGGUGAGAGCCGAGGGUUGGACGGGAGAUGAUUUCUUUGGUGUGGACAUUGAGGCUUCUCUCAGGCUCACACCUCCCUUCCGCGACAGCAUGCGCAGCGGUGCGACCCUGUUCAUCCAUAUGGUGGCUCGAAACGAGCAGGUCAUAGCCACAGGCGUUGCUGAUUGGAAUGACUUGCUGGAUGCCUGUCAAACAAGACCUGGCAGUGGCGGUUGUGAGUUUACAUUCCAGGCGGAUCUGGUGGAUGCGGGUGGCGAGAUUUUGGGAGCAUUGUGCCUGAGACCUGACUUCAAGAGUGAGCAACUGGACGCUUUGGGCAAAACACCAUUAGAUCCGAAUCGGUCCAGCAAAGUUUGGUUUCAGGACGAUGUUCCUGGAGAUGUUUAUCAGCAGGGCAUGGAUCGAUUUGUGGUUUGGGAUGACGCAGACUCCACUGCAGUACAUGUCGAUUUGUAUUUAGAGCAAGUUGGAAAAAUGACUUGGCAGCUCAUGAACGACGAUGUUCGAUUCUCAUCACAAACCUUCCCUUGGGUCGUGGAUGCUGAUCUGUCGGAUGCUGCAUAUGUUUGCUGCCGCAUCAUCAUGGUGACGCAUGGAGAGAACUUGCCCUUGGAAGCAUCCUGGCAGAAUGCUGAAGUGUCAAGAAAUGCGCUCUGCACUUCAAACUGGUUCUUUGUUGUGCAGACUCUUACCUUGAGGCAUUUGGAACAUGCCUAUGGAGCAUUUUGCCGCAUGAACAACAUGCAUAUGGAGGGCACAAGUGCCUCUACUUUAAAAGCCCAAGGGGUCCAAGUCAAGACAGUGAAUGUCCGUGGCUGCUCAGGACUUCGAAGGCCAUUCUCUUUUGAAUCCGCCCCUGAAGAUUUGAUUAAAUGCUCUGGAGGUUUACUGCUUGCCAGCAUUUCACAUACGAUUGUUGGAGCCAGUGAUGAUCGAUAUAGACUUCGUUCUUACCGGGUAGUUCUCCUGGAAGGUCUCCGGCUACUUGAGGGGAAUGGGCACUGGUGUGAGAAUCACAUGGUCUCUGCCGGGUUUGAUGCGAGUUUACAUCUACAAGAGCUGGUUGAGUUCUCGCAUUUUGACCCCAUCAUCGACUUUGCCUUUCACGUUCUCAUGUCGGUGUAUCAGCUUCUUUGCUUUUUCGGGUUCUCCUGUUUGGGAGUGGCUUUUGAACAGUUCCAGCAAAGCUAUCAGACCGAAGCAGCUGCAUUUGAUGUGUUACAAGUGUCUGGGAUGGAGGCUCAUGCAGAUGAAAUUGGACACCUACCCACUGUUGCCAUUGGUUUCUUCGGAUGCCACAUGUUCAUCUCCUUGCUUUGCAUUUUUGUGGCGAAUGUCAUGCAGGAUACCCCGGGAGUGGUCCCACAUCUUGCCGAUCAUGCUUUGGGGCUGAUAUCCACAUUCACCUUCGCAGUCUCCGCAUUCUGUUUGCUUGUCAUGUUGUUGUUCUUCCUCAUUGGAGCAUUGUUGCACCCAUCUUCUGCUCUAAAGCCAUUGCUGGUCCUUGGCUCCUGUGGUGCAGUUGUUACGACUAUGUGGAUGCAGUUCUCGAAUCUGACACGGGGCUUGCUCAAGGUGAUUGAGUUCCAAGUUGACGCAGUCUUCGAUGUGAUGCUACAGAAAAUGAUUACACGCAUCAAGCAAGAGGGCAACGUGUCUUCAUAUACUGAAAGUAAUCUUGACUUCGCCCUCAAGAAAGCAGACAAUCGCUUUAAAGGUCUAGAUACCGAAGGGAAGCCGAUCAAGCAAUCCAAAGAUCUGCUGUUUCGCUGUGUGAAGCCAGACGAAGAAACAAUUAAGGAGGUUCAGGAUCAUAUCUCCAGUUCGUCCCUUGGCAAAGGUGCCGUGGAGGAGGUUAGCAGCGAGCUGUCGAGCGAAAUGACUGGCGAACAGUUGCAACAGCUUUCUGAGCUAUACAAACAUUACCUUGGAAAGACAAGCUUGGAUAGCUCAUUGGAAUGGCGCAUCUUUGAGGAUACUGAUGCUUUGACUGACGUUAUGCUCCGAGAGCACAACAUGAGGCUGCAACUUCUCAACUUCGGGGCCAUCACCUCGGCAGAGGUGGGAGCACUGGAAGCACUGGGAGCACGAGAUGGGGCCAAAGGUGGGGCCAAAGCACCGGAGAGGAGCCCUUUGCCAAAAGCAUAUCUGAUGUACAAAGCUAUCUGUCGCGACAGCUUUGAUCAGUUGGCUGGAAUGAUCGUGAAGUGGGCAGAUCCGUUCUUCCAAUGGACUCCCAUUGUGGAAAAGGUGACAAAGUUUUUUGAUGACUCUGUCCCCAAGUACAUUUGCAGCUGUGCAAUGGUAGUAUUUGAUGGCAACCGAAAGGACAGCGUGGCCGAAAGGGUCUUGGCAAAGGUCGCGCAGCACGUUGAGGACACUAUGUACCGAGAUCCGGCUAAGACAAUGAAGUUGAAUGACCUCAUCGCAGAGCUGCUGAAAAAUCCUGAAGAUAGUUGGGCCUCAGGAUUGCUGUACUCCGAGACUCCAGGUGUUUACGAACACAAGCACAUAGUUGCUUUUGUGAAGGAACAAGUGAAACAGGCACUACCCCAGCUGAAAACCACUAGUACCAUCCCAGUAUAUAAGCUUGUGGCAGUCUUCGAGCAACUCAUCAAGGGAAGGGUGUGGUGGUCCGAAUUGGUCCCAUUCUUGAAGAAGUAUUGUGGUUUCUUGGAUGCAGAAAUCGACAAGGAGGAUUUGGUCAAUGGAUUCAAACACACGUCGAAAGGCUGUGGUUUCAUGGAUUAUCAGGACAUUCCUGACGUUCUCAUGUGGAUGACAGAUGGUGGCCUUUGGAAAGCUGCCACCGUGGCCUUGCUACGUGAGAUUGCGGUCUGUGGAGAAUUGGGAAACGAAAACCUCGGAACCGAGGAUGAUGAAGAAACCAGAGUCGACGAUGAGUGGAAUCCUCCAAGCUGGCCCUCAUGGGUUUUAAAAUAUUGGCGAGAAGCUACAGAUGAGGAGGAGGAUCCUCAAGAAGGUGAGGCUUCCUUCUUGCAGAAGUCUGAUGUGCCGGGUUUUAUCAAUGAUUUGAUGCUUGAUACAGAACGCUUGACCACCGACGAGGACUCAGAGCCUGUGCCGGGAUAUCCAGAGUGGAGAUACAAAGCCAUGGCCGGAAUGCAAGGCUGUCCAGCUGAGGUUUGGAGGUAUAUCGAUGAAAAAAAUUUGGCGCGUCUUCGGGGAAUCCCUUGGGAGGGUUUCGAUGAAAUCCUUGAAACCUUUGAUCUGGACAUGCCCGAAGCUGCUUCGCGGAAGAUCUUCAGUGGCACCACUGGCACCAGUGGCGCAGAAGGAUGCAGUGCUUGGAAAGGUGUGCCGAAGUUUGUUGAAGCGCCCAAUUUGAUGCGAACCAUCGAGAAGAUACAGACGCAGUACCGACCCAUCUCACUGUCGGGUUUUGAGAAGCUGCUAAAGAAUGCGGGAAUCACUUUACCCAAUGCUGUGAUUGCAAGUUUGUUCGGGCAGGUUGAUGAUAUCAAGAUUAAGAUUGGGGAGGCAGAGGAGUUUGUUUGUGAAGACUUGGUGAGUCUCAAUGAAUUGGGCGAAGCGGUUGAAAAGUAUCUUUCUGGAGGCAUGUGGUUGGAGGCUGCCUACGGCGUUCUUCAGAAUGAUGAAAUUGAGACCAGUUUCGCCGAAGUCUCAAAGAGUUUUGCAGCGAUCGAUAAGAAGGAAAAUGGCAUCUUGCCACCCAGUGGCGUGAUCAAGCUUAUGAUGUCGCUGCAGAGAACAGGCAUUGGCUACGAUACGUUCGCAGAUAUGAUCUUGAAGGACAUGCGCUUCGCUGUGAAUGACAGUCAGCUGCGGGUCCUUUUCAAUAUGGUUGACCUCUCCGGCAAUGGCAGCAUCUCGAAGGCGGAGUUUAUUCAAGGUUUCUAUACAUUGAUGCGACAAUUGGUGCCCAACAUCAUCCUCCAUUCCCUUUCUGUGCUGCCGGAACAGAUCGCCAGCCACAUUUUGAAGGCGCUCAUGUUUUUGUUGCUUCUCUUUGCAUUUCUCUUUGUUUCUAUGGAUGCCUUGACGCCCUCCUCGGCAGCCGAUGUCGACUUCAUGGGAGGUGUUCAGGCAGUUGUAGCUGGCAUGGCUGCGUUGGGUGUACGUGUGCAGAGCACGAGCGGAAUGGAUUUGCAAAGUAUCAAGGAAGCCAUUGCCGCGCACCUCAGCGAGUUGUUGCCAGGGGUGAAAACCAAUUCCCGCAACUGACGUGGAGAAGAUGUUUGAUAAAUUUCGAUCAUUCCCCAUCAAGGCCCAUUGCCCAAUGGUGGAUCAAACCCCAAAAAGUUAAAGUUACCUCAAUUUUAGCUUUCGACAUCUUUCGACAUUGAAAAUGAGCCAAAGCGCAUCAUCCCCGCAGCAAAGCCUGUGGAAAAAGG